UUCGCCCACUGAGUUUCUCGCCGGAUCUUCUCAGUGGGUCGCGUUUCCGAUCCGGUGGUAGAUUCUGCGAAGCACUGCUCUUGCCAGGGCCAGUGUUAGCAACACUCCGGCUUGAGUCCGAAGCUGAAAUAGCCUCUCAAGGCUAUCGGCAUAGGUAGAAAAAAAAAGACGAUUUAUUAUACUAGUAAAUUGAACAACAGUUCUUAGGACAUUUGAUAUCUAACGAUUAAUGAAGUCCAAAAUCACUGUUUAUCGAAUAAGAACCAAAGUCAUGAGAAAAUAAGACUCGAAAUAAAGUUAACUGACUUUGCUUUUUUUUUUCUUCCCCUGCUUUCUUCCGGGAGGACGUUUUCGAAGUCCAAAAUGGCUUUAGAAUCUUAAGUCUGAAUACGUGCAGCUUAUAUUAGGUAAAUCGUAAACAAAGAAUUAAUAGAACAUUAUCUAUCAGACACGUCUCAUUUCGGCCUGUCCACAUUCAGCAAAUGAAAAUGAAAACCGUAUCAUUAUUGUGUCAAGUGUCAUUUAUUUUCGCCGGAAAAAUGAUAUUAUCGCUUCCUUCCCAGAAGCUUUUAAAGCUAAGGACCAAUUAAGCUUAUGUUACAAUGAAUAGAAUCUCGUGCCGGAGUGCUUGCUAUCUUCAAGCAAAUAAAUAAGAAUGGAAAAUCAGUGGUGAAAUGUGAUCUGCCUCUGAUUUCCUGGAUGUUUUUAUACCGCAUAUACUGAUAUCUAGCAAAACUGCAAGUAAUACAAGCACAAAAAACUAUAUUUCUUUUUCAUUUCCUGAUUGACUCGGUGGUGUAGUAAUUAACGGCCCGGACUAUUACGCCGAGGGUCGUUUUUUUUACUAACAUCAUAUUUAUUAUUACUGAAAAUUCGAAUACAGUACAGUUUUCGUGGUCACGGACGACAAUAGUUUUAAUUAAGGCUCAAACAGAACGGGUUUUGAAGAAUGGUCGUUAAAAUACAAACUUAAGCGAUUCUCAAUAGGCCGCCAUGUUUCUUUUAGCGCGGACCGUUAUAUGAUACGCGCAUGCGCAGUACGCGACCGAAUUUCUAGAGUUCCACUCGUACUUUCACAGCCAUUAGCUAUCACGGCAAUGUGACCCUUUCCUAUUUUAGCAUAAGAGUGAAUUUUCUAUGAAUCUUUUACUACGAACGAUUGCAUUGUGAUUCUUUGAUAAAUUCUAGUGGAAUUCGAGCAAGCGAAUUUGAACCGUUCACAUUCGUGAAUAAGUGUAGAUUAGAUUAGUAAAUUGGUGUAAAUCAUUCUUCAUUUAAAUUAUUGUAAAUAUGAUAAAUUCGUGUGUUUGGUGAUUGUCAAGCGAGUUUGAGCCGUAAGUGCUGGGCGAUAAUGUGUGAAAUCGUGAAAAACUAUUUAAAUCUAUAGAACCAGUUACACAAGAAUGUAUCAAGCGAGAUGGCUGAUGCUGGCGGUGGCAGCGACGUUAGCGCUGCAGUCGCGAGGGGAUGGCGGCAUCAGACUACCAGACCAGCCUUCCAAAGAAAACACCGAAGGAAGAUCACUCAAUUUCGGAGGAGAUAAUGGAAGAUCCCCUCAGGCUCAGGGUCGUGGUUUACUGGACUGGAUUGGCUUGGGCGAGGAUCAAGACCCCUACAUCCAGCAAUCAACACAGCAGUGCAUCAAUGGAGACCUAGCAGACUGUUUCAAAGCACAAGCUUUGAGGUCGUUUGACGAUUUCUUCGACAAGCAGGCUUACCAACUUUCAGAUAACGCACUCUUAGUCAAAGCAGAGAACCAAGCAAGGGCACUAGCCAGAGAGCCACCUCAACUGGAUUCGCAGCCUCGUAGCGAAGAUUCCGACUGGGAAGCCCUUGUCAAAUACGGAAUGAGGAAAAUUGAAAGGUUUUUAAGGUCAACCGCCUUGGAGCUGCAGCUUGACAAUGAAGUGACUUCCGAGGGUGUUAUCGCUCCGAGAUUCAUCGACGAGAUUAAUGAUGAAGUAGACGUAAUCGAGGAUAAAACGGCGCCGUUCCGUCGCCACAAGCUGAAGAAACUUAUCAUUCCUAUGCUACUCAUCCUCAAGUUGUUCAAGCUGAAACUGCUUCUCUUCCUGCCUCUCAUUCUUGGUUUGGCCAGCUUCAAGAAAUUCUUAGGAUUCAUGGCUCUUAUCAUUCCAGGUGUAAUCGGAUAUUUCAAAUUCUGCAAGCCAAAUUCAUCUCCUUUCUCCACAAACCACUAUACGGGGCCUCAGUAUUCACCCGCCGGUAUUGGUUUAGGACCUUACAGAGAAAGUCCUCCCGAAAACUAUGGCCAUUACAAUAAUUAUCCCGGCGGCCACAAGUACAGCCAGGGGGGCUUUUCGUUCAGAGACCACGACGCCAGUCCCCAAGACCUGGCCUAUCAAGGCUGGGAGUACAGGAACAAGAAAGGAGCUGAAGACAUCAAGGCUGAGAGCCCAUAAAGACUGUAUUAGUAUGACUAGUAGUAGUACUAGUAGUAGUAGUAGACUGUAGUAGUAUAGGACAUCCAAAAGUUGGAUGUAGCUUUGUUUUAAAAUCAUCUUGAAAUAAGUACGCGAGCUUCCGUAACAAGAGGAUCUUCGAUUACAUAGGUGUAAUCAAGGAUUGAAACCUGGUCAUUCUCAAAGUCCCUAAAUGACUGCCAGUUGUAAAAUCGAGGGGACUACGUUAUUAUUUUCUAUUAGAAAAAAAAAUAUUCAUUGGCUUAGAGCUACAGUGGUGUAAAAACAAAAAUCAGUAAGUUUCAUAACUUUAUUUUACUCACUCGAUUUUACUAUUGAUGAGAUCAUCUGUCUACGGGGUGUUUUUUUUUUUUGUUAUUGUUAAUUUAUUCUUAAUUAUACCAAAAGAUAGUAUCUAUCUCGGUACGGUAAUGUCUUUGACAAUAUUUUAAGUUAGACUAAAAAAUUUAAAUAAUCUGUAAAUAAAUUGAAAUAAACAUUUUUAAUUAGCUAACAAA